AUGGCUGACGAUUUCGGUUUUGACGAGGUUGAAGCUUCAGACUCCGCUGAUGCCAAUGAUAGUGACACUUGUGAUGAUGAGCCAGCCAAGAAGAAAGGCCGAGUUUCCCUUGGUGGCAGCAGUGCAAAGUCUUCUGCAAUCAAAGGAAAAUCCAAGGCCAAAGCAGGCAGCAAAAGCAAAGAAGAGAAAAUGUGUUACAUUUCAGAUUGCCCAAACAAAAAGUCCGGCAAGCACAAAUCCUGCGGUGAUCACAAGAAAGUCAUAGAUGCGAUCCUUUAUCAAGCAGAGAAGGUAGGGAGGAAGUCAGAGGUGGAGAAGGUCCUUGCAGACCCAGUCCAGGCGGCGAAGGCAGUCCGUGAAUUUGAAGCUGACAAUCCUCCUGGAAGGUUUCGAAAGAAGCUGAUAGACUUCACCCAGUGGCUGAAGACCUACUCUGUAGAGACUUCCCAGAAGCAUCGUGAGCUUUGUGAGGAGUACACGUUCCAAGACUUCUCUGAUGAGAAGACAGCGGCAGGUUGGGAAGCAAAAGCCAUUCUUGACAAAUGGCAGGAGUACCAGAGUGACCCGAACAUUGAGCGGCAAAAGAUUCGUGAUUUCACCAAGCGAGUUUCGCAGUCAGUGGCUGAAAGCUCUAAGCCAAUGAAGAAUCUCAAGCCAGCCGAUGUUGAUGCUUUGAAGCAGUUCGCCGCAACCAAUGCUGCCUCGCACACCCACUCCUUCUUGCGUGGCAAGGAUGCUGGGCAAAAGAGCGCAGCCGCCUCUCAGCUUCAGAUGUCAAACGCCGGGGAACCCACCAUUGAGCUGGAUCCUGCAGAUGCAGACAAGAAGAAGAAGGCCAAGAAGAUCGAUCUGGCCAACGCUUUGCCCACUCUGCAUGAAAAGGAGACUAGCCAGCUUGCCCGUGUGAAAGAGCAGAUGCAGGCAGCUUUAAACAAAGCUGCUGAUGCCAUCCGUGUUGCCUCUAGCAACACAGGGUUGAGCCAGGCAGGUCAGACUUUCCUCGACACAUGUGUGAUGCGCAAAAGCUGUGCUGAAGUUUGGCUGCUGGAGACCGAAGAAGCACUGGAUAAAUGGGAGUCUGCCAACAAAGCCAGCCUUGAACAAGCUGCCGCGGGAGAUGCCAGUGCUCAACCUGUUGAUACCAGCAGUGCUGCAGUUCCGCCGAAGCAGGAGCCAGAUGUCAAGAAUCCAAAGGCAUUGGGCUUGACUGAGCGUGUGAACGGCCUUCUGCAACAGGCUUGCGCAGUGAAGGGUGCUGCCUUCAUUCCGGUGCAGGAUGUAUCUAGUCUUCGCUCUUGGGUUGACUUGGCUGGACGGUGCCACAAACUUCUGCAGCUUGGAACUGUGGAUGCAUUGAAUGAGCACAAGACAGCCAGCAAGAAGUUCCUUGGCACAGCCAACCAGUUGCGGGAAAGUGUUGCAAAAGCAGCAUCAAAGGUCACUGGGCACCUGGAAAACAUUGAACGCGAGAGUUUGCGCAUUCAGAAGAAGGAGCAAGAGCGGAAAGAAAAGGAAGCAGUGGCAAAAGCCAAGGCUAUGGCGAAGAAGGCUGCUCAAAACGUGCAGAAGAUGACAGUUGAGGUGACAGGAUUGUUCGCCAUUGACCAUGCCCAACUUAAGCCCAAAUUGCUUCAGACUCCCAUCAUCACCGAUGACAAGAUGAAGGAGGCCGACCUCGCAUUCGAUCAUUCCAGGCUUGCGCUUGUCAAAUCCUCCAUGGUUGAGCAAGAGUGGGCAAACCUGCCCAAGGUGCAGAUGGCCCUCAGCGCAUAUGGUGGGCAGUACAAGUCCCAGUCAACGACCAAGGCAGCCGGCAAGGGUCAGACAAAUAUGCGCAGCAAGGCCGGAAAGGAGGAGACAGAGUUGCUGGUCAGGAAGCUGAUGUCUGCCCUGCAGCUUGACAAGAAGGUUGCCAAGCUCAGCGACCAGGAUGAGCAAAUGUUGAAAGAAAUAUGGUUGUUUGGGUAUGUUCCUCAGGCAAGCUUUGUGGCGCCGACUCCCCAAGGUUUGGCCAUGAUCAAGGUGUUGGCAGCAGGCGAGGUUAGCGUGUUCGCUAUCGAGAUCAAGAGCUUGCUAGCUCAUCUCAAGAAGCAAGGCCAGCAAGUGACGGAGGAUACCUUCGACUCCAUGUUCGGGAUGGAUGCAUCUGCUCUUGCGGAGUUGUCUAAAGAGUGCUCCUUGUAUUAUUUCCAUGUGAAGCAGUGGGAUGUUCUUUACGUUCCAGCUGGUUACGUUGUCUUUGAAAGAAGCCACAGUGCAGUCCUCAUUUAUGGGAUGAGGAAGUCAGUAUGCCUCAAAGGUGAUGAAGAUCGCUAUGAGGGUUUGAUUGAAUAUCUGAAGGCUAUCGGCAAAGACACUGCCAGAUACGAGAAGUGCUUGGAAGGCAUGAAGGCCUGCGCAAGUUCAGAGGCCUCUUAA